AUGAUAGAAACACAUAAGCCUGAUUUUCUCUUUUUAGCUGAACCAAUGGUUCCUUAUGUUUCUGUUCCUGAUUGGUUUUGGCACAAGAUUCAUAUGCACAAUCAUCUUAAUCAUCAUGGCCCUUGGUUAUUUCUUGGCGACUUUAAUGUUGUCCUUGGAGCACAUGAGAAAAUUGGGGGUAAGCUCCCUCUCAAUGCUGCCUGCAAUGACUUUCUACAUUGGACAAAUCUUUCCUCUUUAAUUCAUCUAGAUACUAACGGGGUCAAGUACACUUGGACCAACAAGAGGGAGGGUGGUGCUUUUAUUGCACAAAGACUGGACAGAGCCAUUUGUAAUGAUUUAUGGGUUGAUAAUUGGAGUAUUUUGAGUUGUAAUUCUUUGGUGAAAAGCUUCCCUGAUCAUUUUCCCCUUUUACUUACUAUGCACAAAUCUCCUCCUGUUCAGAUCACUCCUAGAUUCAAUAUUGAGAGUUGUGAAUCCCUUGUGUCAUCUCAUUGGAGCAUUCCGGUUCAUGGGUCUCCUAUGUUCAUUCUUCAUCAAAAGCUCAAGAGUCUUAAGCCAAAGUUGAAGCAUUGGAAUAAAACAGAAGUUGGCAACUUUCAUCAUAAUGUGGACUUAGCACACCAACAAUUGUUAGCUGCUCAGCUGGCCCUGGAUCAAUUGGGUUUCAGUAUGGAUAGAUCUCAGGAUGAACUCACAUGCUUAACUAAUUACAGUCAAGCCCUUCACAUCCUAAACGAUUUCUGGAAGGAUAAAGCCAAGAAUGCCAAAUUCAUUGAUGGAGACAGAAACACUGCUUACUUUCAUAGAAGUGUGAAAAUUAGAGAGGCACAAAAUUUCAUCAGUAUGCUCAAACAUGGAGAUGAGGUUCUGACAGAUGCUUCUAACAUAGAGGCGCAUGUUCUUCAUUAUUUCACGAAUAUUUUCACAGUUAAUCCUCCUCAUGAAGUUAAUGAUCUCCCUGAUAGGCUUAUUCCAUCUUUAGUUACUGAAGCUGAUAAUGCCUUGCUCACUUCCCUUCCCUCUGCUGAAGACAUUAAGAAUGUUGUCAUGGCUCUUAGUGGAGAUUCUGCUCCAGGUCCUGACGGCUACUCCGGGCAUUUUUAUCAGUCUUACUGGCACAUUAUUGGCUCGGAUGUGGUACAGGCCACUCAAUUUUUCUUCACCAGCAACUCUAUCAUGAAUAAUCUGAAUUCUAAUUUGCUCAUUCUUAUUUCUAAAGUGCAGGGAGCUGAUAGGUUGGACAACUUUAGACUUAUCGCUUUGGUGAAUUUUCAGUUUAAGAUUAUUACUAAAAUUCUUGCUGAUAGGGUGGGCAUUGUUGCCUCUAAAAUUGUCUCCGUGCACCAGCGAGGAUUCAUACCAGGCAGACACAUACAAGACUGUAUCAUGACAGCUUCUGAGGUUGUGAACACUCUUCACAAGAAAACUUAUGGUAGUAAUAUAGCUUUGAAAAUAGAUGUUAGGAAAGCUUUUGAUACCCUUAAUUGGAACUUUCUUCUUCAUGUUCUUAAUUGUUUUGGGUUUAACCAAUGUUUCUGCAACUGGAUUUCCACUAUUCUUCAUUCUGCUAAACUUUCUGUGAGCAUUAAUGGCAAAGCUGUAGGGUUCUUCAAUUGUACAAGAGGGGUGAGGCAAGGUGACCCUUUCUCACCUCUCCUAUUCUGUCUAGCUGAGGAAGUGGUCAGUAGAGGGUUGGAAGCUUUGGCUUUAGUUGGGAGUCUGACUCAGAUACAUGCUUCUAGGGGUCUUCUUAUGCCCAGCCACUGUCUUUACGCUGAUGAUAUUCUUAUUUUUUGCAAAGGCACUCUAUCUAAUAUCAGGAACAUCAUUGGUCUUUUUGAAGAGUACGGCAACUAUUCUGGACAAUUUGUUAAUGCGAGUAAGAGUAAGUUUUAUACCGGUUCUCUGCCUCUAUCCAGAAUUUUUACCAUCACAUCUAUUACAGGUUUCACUCAUGGUUGCCUGCCUUUUUCUUAUCUUGGCAUUCUUCUCUUCAAGGGUAAGCCUAGAACUUCUCAUCUUCGGCCUAUUUUUGAUAAAAUCAAAGCUAAAAUAUCUGCUUGGAAAGGAAAGCUUCUUUCUAUUAUAGGGAGAGUGCAAUUGAUCAAUUCGGUUAUUAGCAGUAUGUUGGUUUACUCCUUUCACAUCUAUCAGUGGCCAUCUAGUCUUCUCUCCGAUAUGACGAAAUGUCUUAGAAAUUUUGUUUGGAGUGGAGAUCCUGAUCACAAGAAGAUUUGUACAGUUGCUUGGAGUAUCCUAUGCAAACCUAGAGAAGAGGGAGGGCUUUCUGUUAAAGAUCCUAGGCUGUCUCAUAUUGGCACCAUUCAUAAUCACUCCACUUGGUCCGUUGGUGAUGGUAAAAAUAUUCUUUUCUGGACUGAUAAUUGGCUGGACAAAACUAUCGCUGAGCAAUGGCAGAUACCCCCUUCCCUAUUUGACUCUUUAGAUAUGAGAGUUGCUGAUUGUAUUGUGAAUGGUGCCUGGUGCCUCCCUGAAUGUUUUAUGUCUAAAGAUCCUGUUUUGACAUCUAAGAUUCUUCGCAUCACUCUUCCGGUGUCUUCUAUUCCUGAUACUCUUAAUUGGAAAUUAGCACCUGAUGGGGUCAUGACUAGUAAACUUGCUUAUUCUUUUAUGUCUAGUAAUGGGCAGGGAGUGGCUUGGUUCAAGUAUGUUUGGAAUGCCUAUACUCCUCCUACCAGGGCUUUUAUUUCUUGGAGAUUUCUUCAUAAUAAGCUUCCCACUGAUGAUAACUUGAGAAAAAGGGGUUGCUAUGUGGUGUCUAUGUGUUGCUUUUGCAAGAACUCUGCUGAAACUUCACAACACAUUUUUCUUGAUUGUCCUGUUACUUCCAUCCUUUGGUCUUGGCUUAACAGUGGCACCGGAAAACAGUUCGAUUGCACUAAUUUUCUUUCUCUGAUUUUGGGACACACCGACACAGAUAGCAAAAUGGUUCAACAAGUCCUAAAUUCAGCUAUUCAUCACACUAUUUGGGGGAUCUGGAUUGAGAGGAAUCAUAGGUGCUUUGGUGAUGUGAAGAGGUCAAUGGAAUCUGUUUUUAAUAUCAUUCUGUCAGAAGUGCAUCUUAGUUUCAGGCUUGCUAUUGUUAAAGGGACUUCUGACAUGGUUGAUUACAAAGUUUCUAAUCUUUUUAAUCUUCCUUUUAAGGUUAAGAGGGCCCGCAUUGAUAAGGUGGUGACAUGGACAUCUCCUACAGGUGCAACGGUGAAGAUAAAUUGUGAUAGAUCAUCUUUUGGUGUUAAUCCUUGUGGUUCUGCUGGUUUUCUUAUUAGGGAUUCCUCCUCUACUUUCAUGGGGGCUUUAGCUAGCAACAUUGGUCAUGCCUUUUCUCUUGAAUCUGAAUUAUGCGCUUUCUUGUUGGCCGUGGAAAAAGCCAAAGAGCUGUGUUUGCAUGGGUUUUGGAUUGAAACUGAUUCAAUGGCAGUGGUUAAUGCUUUCCACAAAGCCAUAGGUAUCCCUUGGAAAAUGAGAAGCCGCUGGCAUAAUUGUAUGCAUUAUUGUACUCACAUUGGUUGUACUUGCACUCACAUUCUUAGGGAAGGCAAUAUGGCUGCUGAUGCUCUUGCUAAGAAUGGUCAGGGAAUAGCUAUGUUCUCAUCUCAGUGGUGGCUAUCCCCUCCCUCUUUUCUCUCUACUUUUCUUUUGAGAGAUAGUUUAGGUUUACCUUUUACUCGCAUUAUUAUGGAUUGA